CUCAAAAGUCUUUUGUUAAAUUUGGUGGAAACUGGAAAUAUCAAAAACCUCAAUUCCUAAAAUUAAUACAUAUUAUUGACUAUUGUGCUUGUAUAUACUUACAAUAAUUUUUACUUAAUUUAUUAAUGAACUUGGAUUUGCAACAUGGCAGGAAGAAGAGACAGGUCUCGAUCUCCAAUGAGAGGUAAUGGUAACAAUCGAAGAGAUGCCAGUAAUCCAGAGAACAAUAAGCAGGACCUCUCGGUUAUGCCAAAUGCUAUGAAUUCUAUGAUGAUGGCCAACAUGUAUCCUCAAGCUGGAAACAUGAUAAUGGGGGGUAUGUAUAAUAUGAUGAUGCCUAACACACUCAUGGGAGGUCCUAUGAUGGCAAGUGGCAUGGAUAUGAUGGCUUCUACUGGAAUGGAGGUUAUGGCUCCACCAGCAAUGGAUAUGAGUGCUAUGGCAGCCCAGCCAAUAGCAGCGAGCGGCACACCUAUGGACAUUUCCAUGAUAGGAGGUGUUAUGAUGGACCCUUCUAUGAUGGCAAUGUAUCCGAACAUGCCGGCCGAACUACCACAAGAGAAAAAGGAAAUAAAUCUUAAGUACAGCAAACUAUUACCACCCCUACCCAAUGCGCAUCAACCUCCAAAGCGUCCAAAACCACCCGGUUGCAGAACUAUUUUUGUCAGCGGUCUUCCAGAUAAAAUCAGAGAAAAAGUAUUGGCUGAAAUAUUUGAACGCUAUGGCAGAGUACAAGUUCUGCGUUUGUCCAAAAAAAAUUUUUGUCACAUAAGGUUCGAUAGAGAGAACUGUGUAGAUGCUGCAAUGGCCAUAUCAGGUUACAGAAUAAAACUCAAGGACAAGGAUAAAGAUGAGGUUGAUGAUGACAACGAUAAUCAUGCUAGCAAUGGCUUUAUACAUGUGGACUAUGCACUGAGUAGAGACGACCAGAAUGAAUAUGAAAGACGUCAAAGGCAAGCUCUACGUGUGCAGCAACAACAAAUGCAGGAGCUGAAUGCUCAACAAGAGGCAAUAUCUAGGCGAAGUCAUAGCCGCCGAUCGCCGUCACCCCUCAGAAUUCAGCCCUUUUCUAAUGCAGCUAUUGUGCAGCUUUGUGAGAAAAUUAAAGCUGAAGAUCAGUUUGCAAAUACACUACCUACACUGAUUUCAUGGCUGGAACGAGGAGAGUGUUCUAAAAAAAACUCAAAUCAAUUCUACUCAAUGAUCCAAGCUACUAACUCUCAUAUUAGAAGGCUGUACAGUGAAAAAAUUCAACAUGAAGAGGAACUUCAAGAGACCAGAGAGAGAGUUAAAAACAGUAUUCAGCAAAUAAUAACCCAACUCGAACAGGUCGCGAAAGUGUUCAGUGCAGCCACACAUCAGCGAGUAUGGGACCAUUUCACCAAGCCGCAGCGCAAGAACAUCGAGACGUGGCAGAAAAUGACGCAGGAAUUUCAGUCUCUUAAGGAUGAAUUUAAUGAGAAGUUUCUUAACGAAGAUUCUGAUAUGAAUGGCUUUAACAGCAACACGAAUAUGGGCUAUUAUAACACUGAUAAUGAGGAGGUGCAGCAGCUAAAGCUUGCAAACGAAAGUCUUAAGUUCCAAUUGGAGGCUUAUAAGAAUGAAGUCGAAGUGAUCAAGGCAGAUUCCCACAAGGAAAUGGAAAAGUUUAAAGCCCAGUUUAUAGCUCGCCAGGCUCUUACAACUGCUAUGGAUAAAAACCCGCCCCUGCCGCAACCAAUCGCGAAGCCGCCUCCGCCGCCGCCGUUGCCCGAUGACAUGGAGCCUAAGGCCGAAGUCAAAGAGGAAGUGGACUCGGGUUGCGGCGAGGCCAGACUCAUUGGUGUCAUGUCCGCCUUCUUACAAGUACACCCGCAAGGCGCGUCCCUCGACUACGUGGUGUCGUACGUGCGUGCGCUAUGGGAGGGCGCGACGCAGGCGAGCGUGCACGCCGUGCUGCAAAAACACAAGGACGUGUUCCAGCCGCGUACCACCGGCAUCGGCGCCAAUAUCGACACUAGGUGGUUCUUUGUUGCUUUCGAUUCUAAAUAAGUAUAAUUAAGGCCUUUAGCUGGUAUUACACCGCCUAUUCAGGGACAUUUACGCUAAUUUAGGGAAGCAUAGUUUAGUAAGCCCCCAAAAUCAUCUACAAGGUCUUCUGUAAAUAUGGGAACCUAAAAAGUGUAAUGUAAUACUGGCUGUAAGCGAUACCGACGCUGAGUUACCGUAUGUCAUAAUUUUAUUCAGGUUCAUUUUGUUGCGGGUCAAGACCGAGUUAACUUGUCCUUUUUUGGUGGUUCACAUGCCAAAAUAAUAACAAUUUUAUGUUGCCUUUCGCUCUAUAGCUUUAUUAUUUCCACGUUUCGCGGCAUCGGUGUGGUAACGGCGUAAUAUCUGGCGAAAAACAUAAAAUUGUUGAACAUUAAACUUAGUUGGCAAAGGUCGUAGUGUCGUUAAAAAGAAGAAAUCAUGGUUACAUAAAAUUCAUAUUGUAAAUAUUGACGGCACUGCAUAAGUGGUGACAGUCUUUUUGUAACAUUGUGCACAUACAAUGUGUUAAAAUAUUAACAUUGUGCACUUUCCUAAAACAUUUUAUAACUUAGGACUUAUCUUAUGAAUCAAUGAAUUACAAAAAGACUGUCGCUGUCAUACAUUUAAAUAAUGUUGAAUGUCGAUGUUGACGACCAGAUUAUUA